CGCGUUUGGGUCUUCGUGUGUCGCCUGUUGUUGUGUGUUUUCUGUUGCUUUGGUUAAUGUUAAGCCAAAUGCCAACAAGUUAAAGCCGACCAAAAUUGCAAAUAUCUUAACGCAUUUUCCGAACUACCACAACAGGUGCAAGAAACAUAAAAUUGAAACACAAAACAGUGCCAUGCUAAAUAAAACAAUAACAAAUUGUUGCUGUUAGUUGAAUAGGUUUGUUUUCUUCGUGCUCAUAUUCGCGUUCGUGCCGUAUGUGUUUUGAAUUUGUGCCUGUGUAUGUGCAUAUGUGUAUAUAUAUGUGUGUGUGUGUGUGUGUGAGUGAGUGUGUGUUGUGCGAAAUAACGAAAACAUUUUCAGCCGUUUUGCUGUCUUGUUGCAGCAACUGAUGCUGAAAAUGAAAAAAAUACCUGAAAUUUAAGCACCGCUUGAUUAAGAUAAAGUUAAACUAAAUUAGAGCUCAGAAAAAAUGGUAUUAUUGACGAAAAGUGAGCAACUGCAGCUGAAAUCUCUCAAGUCACACAGGAAUCAAGGCAGAGUAAUCCCAGAGCAAUUGGCAAGUAAAAGUUGCAUUUAGAAUACUGUUAGAAUACAUUCAAAUGGCAGCAGCAACAGUAAGCUCUCACCUGAAGACACCGUCGACUGAGACACAGUUGGACUUGGUGUGCGACGAAUGUGUCUAUUACGACAGUUGCGGCAUGUCCACGGCAACGGCCACCGAUGAGGGGGCAGAGAUAUUUAUCGAUAACAGCACACAAACCGAGGACGCACCAGAGGAGGUGGAACAGCUCAAGAUAACAGAAGCGCAGCUCGAGCAAAUACCCGAGGAAGAGCAGGAGAUUACAACACCAAACGGUAUAACGGCCGAGGGGCAUAAGGAUUACGAGAUGAACAGCAAGAUGAGAGUUUUGCUGGAGUUCCCAAAAGAAGCCUCGUCGGAACAGAGCCCCAAAGAUGCACACGCCUUCGAUGUAUUCACCUACAACGAUGAGAGCGGGAACGAUGAUGUGGCCAGGCUGACGGGCCUGGCACUCAAGAUGGGCUAUGCGCGGAUUAUCGACUACGAUAACUUGCGCAUUAUCGAGCAUGUUAUCGAAAGCGACGACGAAGAAGAAGAAACUGGGGCUGAACAGGAAACUGCGGCGACAGCGUCAGGCCCGGCCACACAGGAGGAAUUGCAGCAGGCUUGCCAGGAUUUGGUGGCUUUCAUUGACGAAAGCUAUCAGUUAAUCGACAAGGCGGGCGCCAGCCAUGUGUCCGAGUUGCCGGUCACCCAAACUGUUGUCGACAACAACAACAACAACCACAGCGAGGCACACGACAUAGCCAACGGCCCGGAGCGGGCCAAAGCGACGCGCAAGGAGCGUAUCCCAAUUAACAAGUCGGACGACUUGUCAAAUCAAACGGCCCACAGCAGCGCUCUGGUCAAGGCUUCUCAAUCGAAUCUGACGCCCCUGGCGCCGCCCUUCCAGCCCGCCGCAUUGCGGGCCAAGUCGCAGCCAGCAGCAGCUGCCGGCAGCAGCAGCAGCAGCAGCAGCAUGUCUAUGCUGGCUCUGGGAGCACCACCAGCACCGGCCAGCUUCAACAGAGGCCAUGCGGCAUCGAGUACCUUGUAUGCAGCCUACGAGCACACAACUGUUUUCUAUCAGCAACACGCGCUGUCCACCUUGCAGCAGCAGCAACAGCAACAGCAGCAACAGCAGCAGCAGCAGGUGUCACCCAAGCAGCAGCAUUGCAGCCAACACGGUGGCAUGCCACACAUUCAUGUGCAGUCCAGCAAUGGUCCACAAUUGUUGCCCGUGCAAUUGAUUACCUUGACGCCGACGGCAGCAGCCGGCACUGCAGCGCCGGCAGCUGCUGUUGCCACACCAGCCGGCGCCGGCGGCGGCUGGCCACUUGUGGAGGCGCCAAUAUAUAUGGACAUCAAUGGAGAGUAUCGCAGCUUCUGCCCGGCUCAUGGACCGCCAGCCGUGGCAGCUGGCGGCGCCGGGCAGCCACUGCUGACGCACCACCAUGCGCCGCAACAGCAGCUCAAUCAUCUGCAUCAUCAGCAGCAGCAACGAGAGCAGCAGCAACAUCAUCGGGAGCAGCAGCAGCAGCAGCAGCAGAAACUUGUGCAGCAACAAUUGACACCGUCGGUGGCCGUUGUGACAAAUGUUAAUGGAAAUAUCGGCCAGGCAGCGGCAACAGCGCCGCAAUUGCUGCUGCAACUGGACGCGGCCAUUCAACAACGUCAGUCACAACAACAACAACAGCAACAGCAGCAACAGCAGCAACAACUGCAACCAGCAAUAGUUGCCGCUGGCAAACGCAGCAAAGUUUAUCGAGGUCCCACGGCCGUUCAAAUGGUGUCCCACAACCGCCAGCCGCCGACGAUGACGAUGCCGGUGCAGGUGCCACCAUAUGUAAAUGAGAAUGGAACACUGACCCAUGUUGUGCUGCCACCGCAGCAAUACCAGCAGUUGCAUACCGGACAGGGCCAUCUGCAUGCAGCGCCAUUUAUAAGCAGCAAUGGCACAUCGCAUUUUUAUACGCCGCUGCCUGGCUAUCCUCCAGGUCCUGGGCCGGCUGGCAAUGGGCCGCCUCACUAUCAUAUGCCACCGCCGCCGCCGCCACCAGGCGCCCAGCAGCAGCCCACGUCUGCGGCGGGCGGCGGAGUGCCUCCGCCAACGCCACAGCCGCAUUUACAUUCCCCGCACUCGCCAUCACCACCCCACUAUAGGGACGAGCGCAGUCAGCGGCAGCACAUGAAGAUGCUACGCAGGUUGGAGAAGUGGCGCGAGCUAAGAAACUCCUCCAUGUCCACGCCCACGCACUCGCCCUCUCCGCGACGCAGUGAUACCAAUGGGCAUUACAACAACAACAGCAGCAACAACAACAUUCCAGGAGCACAGCAGCAGCACAACACUCACAUGCCCAACCAUGGACGCCACGUGCCACACCAACAGCAGCAGUCGCAGCAGCAGCAGCAGCGCAACGCGGCCGUUCUGAACCCGACUGGGCAACAGGGGGAAGUUGCCACGGGGAGCAAUGCGGGCGGUACCAGCUCUGUGGGCACUUCUGACGAUGGUGAGGACACUUCGAACUUGGCCCCCGAAGAUGAAGAGGACUACAAGGCCUUGAUUGUGGAACAAAUAUCGGCCAUCGAUAAACCAGAGGUGAUCGACGUUAGUUCGCGCACCGCAAAAAUCAUUUGGGUCCCACCGUCCAUUUCGGACGCGAUGCUGCUAAACGUGCGAGACCUGCGCUACCAAGUACUACUUAGUGACACGGGAAAACAAUGCAAGUACAAGAGUCUCUACCGCGGAGAGGCAUACGAGUGCAUUGUCCAGGAUCUGCAGCCGGGGCAGGAGUAUUUGGUGCGGCUGCAAGUGCACUAUCAGCAGCUGCAAGGAAGCGUUAGCGAGCCCGCCGAGUUCAAGACGCCCGCUUGCGAGCCGGAUCAGCCGCUGCCGCCGAAGCUGGUGUCGCGCACCAAGAGCUCUAUUAACUUGCGCUGGACGGCGCCGGCGGCCAACGGUGCACCAAUUCAACACUAUCUGUUGGAUUACGACGAGGGGCGUGGCAAUGCACUGCAGUUCGUGGAACUGGCCAAGGUCCGAGCCAAGCAUUACGUGCUAAACAAGCUGCAGGCGACGACAGUUUAUAGCUUUCGCCUAGCCGCCGUUAACGAGGUCGGCCAGUCAGCGUACUCGCAGGUGACCAGCUAUAGUACAGCCGGCAAUCCGCCCACAGCGCCCAUGGCACCCCAGUUGCAAGCCUGCAGCGCCAACUCGCUGCACCUCGUCUGGGAUCGGCGGCCCCAGGACGGCGACUUUCUGCUGCAGCUGCAGGAUGCCGAGUCCGGACAUGGUUACCUGAACAGCUACAAGGGAGGCGACACCCACUAUGAGUGCCUGCAGUUGCGCCGCGCCACCAGCUAUCAAUUUCGUUUGCGCACUGAAAACGAUGCCGGAGUUUCGCCCUGGUCCCCGGAGGUCAAUUACAGUACGGCUGCAGAACGCCCUGGGCGACCGGGAAAGCCGCAUGCAAAGGGCAAGAUACACGGUACACACUUCAAGGCGCGUUGGGAGCCACCUGCGGACACGGGUGGAUCCGAAAUAUUGCGCUACCAUCUGGAGCUGAGUGCCGGACCCAGUUUUGAGCGCAUUUACUCUGGCAGUGAGACCGAGGCUAUGUGCGAGCGCCUUCAGCCGGGCAUCACGUACCAGUUGCGUGCCUGCUGCGAGAGCCCCGCCGGCCAAAGCCCGUUCUCGGAGAUUGCACAUGUGACCACGGAAGCAGUGCCACCGGGCGCUCCGCCACAGCCUCAGUGCGAUGCACCACCAACACCUUACGCGGCUCUGCUAAGGCUAACCCAUCCUGAGAAUAAUGGCGGGGCACCAGUUCUCGAGUUUGAGGCGCAACUCCGCUGCCUGGACAUGUUAGAGCAGUCGCCAGCGCAGCCGUCACAAAUCGUAUACCGCGGCAAACAGGACUUCUUUGUGGCACAGCAGCUGGCGCCAGGCGGUCUCUACGAGGUGCAAGCGCGUGCCAUUAACCGCGUCGGAGCGGGCAAUUGGUCUCAGUGGCUGCGCUUUACAGCCGCCGCAGCACCACCUGGGCCGCCCAAUGCGCUCCAAGUGUUGGUCAAGUCCGCCACACAUUUAAGCGUCAAUUGGCAGCCGCCUGCGCUGCUCAAUGGAUCAGCCGUCAGUGGCUACACCUUGCAGAGCGCCAGCCAGCAGCUGGAUGAGCCGCAAGUGGAGCCGCCAAGCACACAGUUCAACGGGUGCUACCAGGGUCCGCAGACCUUUGUUGAGCUGCGCAAUCUGACGCCCUACACGCGCUAUUACCUACGCGUGCUGGCCAGCAAUGCAGCCGGCACGGGACCUGCUACGGACGUGGUGUGCGUCGCAACACCCGCUGCAGUGCCGGGCGCGCCGCAAAUGCAGGCCUACGAGUUCACCGCCACGGAGGUAACACUGAACUGGACGGAGCCGGCCUCGCAUGGCGCUGCAAUCUGCAGCUACAAUAUUGAGUAUGGAGAGCGGACGAUUGCUACACCCGAUGCCUGUACGCGAUACACGGUAGUUGGGCUAACACCAGAGACCAGUUACAAGUUCCGCGUGCAGGCGGUAAACGCGAUAGGCGCCGGAGUUUUUAGUGCUUAUGCCAAGCUAACGACGCAGCCGGCGCCGCCAGCUCCGCCCAGGCUGGAAUGCAGCGGUACUGGCCACAACUACAUAAAGCUUAAGUGGAGCGAAAGCGUCAAAACCGGCGGCCCUUACGCUGUGGCGAGCGGUGGUGGUGGUGGCGGCGGCACAAUCGGUGCUGGCAAUACGGAUUUCACCAAGUACUACGUGGAGAUGUAUGUGGCAAGAGCGAAACAGUUUCAGACAGUCUAUUCGGGCACCAACUGCAUGUGCAAGAUCCACAAACUGCAGGAGCGCAGCAGCUACACAUUCCGCAUCUAUGCACACACGGACCGCGCCGGCGACGGCGAAUACUCCGAGGAGUAUAUAUUCGAGACGAGCGCCACGCUGCCGGCCAAUAUUAAGGCGCCGCGCGUGGUGCACGAAAGCGUCUGCCUGCUGGACCAGGCUAGCCAGCCGCUCAUGCAGCUGACUCUCGAGUGGCAGCAUUCGAAGAACAGCUUCAGCGAUCGCGUCGAGUACGAGCUGCAGUAUGCUAUUGUCGCCUCCUCCGACCCAGACUCUUCCAGCUCGCCCAAGGCGCGCAGCACUAGCGGCAGCAGCAGCAGCAACGGGCCCAAUGUCGCUGUAAACAAUCUAGACUACAGACAGCUGUAUCGCGGACCAGAGACCAAGUUUACCAUAGACAAUCUGACGGCAGGAACUUGCUACCAGUUUCGGGUGUGCCCGGUGCGUGUCACCUCCGGCGGAGAGCUGCUGCACGGUCAAUCUUCGACGGCACUGCGCUAUCAAGUGCCCAGCGAGCUGGACGCUAGCUCCGCUUCCUGUCAUCAUCUGCAUGGGUCCACAGCAGCUCCAAAUCAGGUAACGCAGCGCGCUAGCCGCAAGCUAUUGGAAACUAACGGCCCCUCCGGCGGGCUGCAUCAGCGCUCGGUUAGCGCUUCGGCUAUUAGCGGCAACAGUGGAGUUGGCGCGGAUGCUCAGGCGAUUGGCCGGCUACAGCAUGAGCUGUCGGCCGCUGGCUUCAAUGCUUGCAGCGACCCGCUGCAUCAUCACCAUCAUCAUCAUCAUCACCAUCAUCAACAGCAUCAAGCGUGCCCCGGUGAGGCAACCGCCUCAAGUCUGGCUGCUCCAUCCGCCUCCGGCUUGCAACUGCGCGGCAACAGCAGUGCCGCUCAUCACAUGCACCACCAGCACCACUUGCACCACUCGCACCACAUGCAUCAUGCGCAUUUCACGCACGCCUCUGCCGCCGGCGCCGUUAUGGGUUCCCCAAGCAACAGCAGCAAUUACAGCGUACCACAUGGCAGCGUCCUCAGACGCUUCGCCUCCUGGCUGACGGCGCUCUACUAUAACAGGAAGCGGCUGACGGACCAACAGAAGGCGGUCUUCUUCGUGGUUUCAUUCGUGUUUGUCACAUUCCUGGUUGCCAUGCUGGUGCACAUGCUUUGUGGCUGAGCUGGUGUUCACGGCGAACGCGACUCCACACUGUAAAGGUUAACACAAAUCCCAAUUGGUGUCUCAAAAAGUGAUUUCCAUUGACUAGCUGUAAAUCACUUGCAUUUGUUUUCUUUUUUAUUUUUUAUAUGUAUGUAUGUAUGUAUAUAUAUAAAAAUCCAUUGUACAUCUCCAAAAUAUAAAAAGGAAACAACAAUAACACACACACACACACACACACACACAUUCACAAACAAUUCGUAAUUACAUUAUAAUGAAUCUACACAAUUAACA